UGAGAGUAAUUGAUAGCAGUACCACUAGUUGGCCUGUAGGGGGCAUGAAAUCUGAAACCGGGAUAUCUCUUAAUGGAGGCGUAAUGCCAUCAAACACGACCUGGUAGCACGCACAGCAUGGUGACAGUGGAGUAUGACGCGGUAUCUUACCAUGCGCUACCGAAGGGGCUCAUCAAUUCUCGACAUCGAUUCAAAUAUGUCCUCGUAUUCUUUUUCCUCGCCGUCUCUGUUUUCAUCUUCCUGCUGCGUGACAUUGUCACUCUGGAGGGUCUGAGCUGCCACACGGCGUGGUUAUUCUUCCCGCCCCGUAACUCCAGCUGCGCGGCUUACACCCAGAAGACGCCCCAGUCCUCCCAGCACCCCGUCCCCACCUUCUGCAGCCACCGGGGCCCGGGGCCCACCCCCGACGAGGCCCUGGAGGACCGCCGCCUCCUGGACGCCAUCGCCUGGCCCCAGCCCCCGGCCGGCCCGGUCCCCGCGCCCCUCAACCAGACCAGCGACCCCGCCCACAGCCAGUUCGCCAUCCUGGUCUCGCGGGGCCUGAGGGCGUGGCGCGUGGGCGACCAGCUGGAGGCCCUGGUCCAGAUGAAGGACUUCCAGGGCCGUUCCAAGCUCCAUGGCGGGGACUUCCUGGUGGCCCGGCUGCACUCCCCGGCGUUGGGGGCCGGGGUGGCGGGCAGGGUGGUGGACCACCUCGACGGCUCCUACUCGGCGCUGUUCCCCCUGCCGUGGGCGGGCCCGGCCACGGCCACGGUCACCAUGGUGCACUCCAGCGAGGCGGUGGCCGUGCUGCGGCGGCUGCGGGAGAGGUGGCCCAACCGGAUCUUCUUCCACAGCCUGUACCGCGUGGGCAACCUGUCCGAGACCACCGCGUGCCUGCCGUGCCUGCCGCCCGAUUACCCGCAGCGGCCGCUGUGCAACCACACGGACCCCCACACCGGGGAGCCCUGGUACUGCUACAAGCCCGAGCGGCUGGGCUGUGACGCCAGGGUGAACCACGCCAUGGGGGGCUACCAGAAGCCCCUCUACUCCAAGCAGGAGGCGCUGCUCUUUCGGAGCGGUGUGAACCUCAAAGUGGUCCUCCAUGCGUCGGGACCUGACUCGAUCGACGUGCUUCCUCAGAAGAUAGAUGGACAAAAGUUAGAGAACAGCAGCACCAGCGCAGAGUUGGUCAAGUACACCCCUGCUGGGUAUUACUACCAAAGCUACUGGAAGCCCGUCGGGGGAACCCCUGCUCGCCGGUUUGACACUUCCUCGUCCAUCACACAGUGCCUGACCGGCAAGGUGAUCAACAUGUACGGCGACUCCACCAUGAGGCAGUGGUUCGAGUACCUCAGCGCCUUCAUACCAGAGUUCAACCUGCACCGUUCCAAGAUGGUGGGGCCCUUGAUGGCGGUGGACAGCAAACACAACAUCCUGAUGAAGUACCGCUGCCACGGGCCGCCCAUCCGCAUCAGACCGGUCGUCGUCAGCGAGCUCCGCUACGUGGCCAACGAGCUGGACGGCUUGGCCGGCGGGCCCGACACCGUGGUGCUCUUCAGCGUCUGGGCCCACUUCACCUCCUUCCCCGUGGAGGUCUACAUCCGCCGCAUGCGCCACAUCCGCCGGGCGACAGUGCGGCUGCUGGCCCGGGGCCCCGGCACCCUGGUGGUGAUCCGCUCGGCCAACUUUGUGGCCAUGGACCAGACGACGAGCACGCACAGCAGCGACUGGUUCUCGCUGCAGAUGGACGGGGUGCUCCGGGCCAUGUUCCAGGGCCUGGCUGUGGUGUUGGUGGACGCCUGGGAGAUGACCCUGGCCCAUCACAGCGCCCACAACAUCCACCCGCCGCCGCCCAUCAUCAAGAACAUGGUGGACCUCGUCCUGGCUCACGUGUGCCCCGACGAGACGGACAAGAAGAGCUAGUGGUAAAGAAAGACCCCAAUUGCAAUUGUUAUUUGCGAAAUAUAUAAAUAUAUAUAUAUAUAUAUAUAUAUAGUAUUUUGAUAUAUAAUAUGGUUACAUUAAUUUAAUUUACUGAACGCAUUUACUUACCUACUCGUGGAAAUUCUAUCAUGUGAGAUACAAUCUAAUACGAUGCUUAUUCAUUUAUUAAACUGAAGCCUGUUACGAAAGUCGGCACGAGCCUCAGAAAGGCUGUUUAGUGUGGUGGUGUCUGUCCACACCCACACGUCCAUCUCAGCCGUCCUGGAACAGAAUCCCAGCAAAAGACGAAGUACUCAAGUAGUUCAUGCUUCAGCUUGAAGGUCUAUCUUGAGCAUUCAUCAUGUCACGCGGUUGAUUAAUAAUCCAUUCCAUUUAAGGUCACUAUUUAUAGAUUGUAACUUUUGCACUGUGUGGGAAGUAGUCCAUUAUGGAACGUAAAACAAGGACAUGUUUUUCUCGGUGUACCUGUCAGAUUACCUUGACAUUUAAUAAAAGAUGAAUCUUUCACUCUCUUAUCUUAA